GUGAAGUGUGGGCGAACUGACUCAAGUGCUGUCAAACAUCCUUCGGUGGCUUGUCGUUGGUCAGGCAGGGACCGACCAUGUUCGGUGCAAGUCGGCAUCUUUGGUACUUGUCGAGCACUGUUUGGUAUCUCCCAAAAGCUUCCCAAAUACCUCCCUCAGACCCUAGCAUGGGUGCAUGCUCAUCACCGUCUCUAG